AUGACACUAACAACUGAAAAACAUGAUGGUUUUGGUGGGUUUAGUAACACUUUUCGCGAAUUGGAUUAUUUUAUUCGUCAUUAUCAAAACUCCACCGAGGAAUUAGUCAAUCAAAUAAAACAACUAAAAUCAGAAAAAGCAAGUUUAGAAACUGAAAAUGCUAAACUAAAAGAAGAACUAACCAUCGAGCGAGAAACCAAUCAAGAAAGUGCCGAAGUCAUGGACAAUUUCUAUCGUCGGCAAUUUAUUGCCAACCAAACUCCUGAUAUCCUCCAAGAGUUCAGUACUGAUUACUUAAAAGUUAGUUGGGAAAAUCAAGCCCAAAAACAAAAAAUUAAGGAUUUGGAGCAAACUAUUGAAAUCAAUAAUAAACUGCUCGAACAACAAUUUUUAGCCAAAGAAACCCAAGAACAAGCAAUUCAAACUGAGUUAACUUGCCACCAGAUUAACCAGUUAGAAAAGAAACAAAAAGCAAUUCAAAAGACAGUCUUGGCUUUGACUGAACAAUUAGUUGAUUUACAAAUCCAGGAAGAACAAACCGAAGCCCAAAUUGAAGUUCCUCCUAAGUUUGGCUUGGAAGAUAUUCAUGGAGACACCGAAGAGCAAAGCAAUAAUUCAUUUCUCCUCAGACUUAUUUCAUGGCACAGGAAAAAAGGUCACGAGCUUGACUACCGAGGAUUAGAAGAAACACCAGCUGAGGAAGAAACUCAGUCUCCACCCCAACCGGAACCAACUGCUCAGCUCAAACCAGAAGCCACUGCUGAAACUGAAACAACUACUCUCCCAGAAGACGAAGGUUAUGCUACUGACCAAGAAACUGAAGACAAGAAACCAGAGAUACCAACUAUGCCACAAUCAGAAGAAGAAAGUAAAGAAUCAAAAGUCAAUUCUUCCCAGUCAUCUCAGUCCAAACCAACCUCAGCCAUUGUUGCAGUCAAAGAACAAAUUCUGACAAAUUUAAAAGAAAAUUGCUUAACCACUAGUGAUUUACCUCCUCAAUAUCAAAAUUGGGAAGAACAACUAACUAAUUUAGAGAAUGAAGAAGAAAUCGAGGCUUUUAUGCAAGUCAUAAACCAACAAAUAGAGCAAAGAGCCAAGGAGUUAAACAAGGAAAAUACCAAUCAAGAGGCAAAAAAACAACCAUCUACCUCUUUGACUACUAAAAUGUUGCUUGGUGGAGGAAUAGCGAUAUUGCUAGUUGUUAGUUUUCUGGUGUUAAUUCGCAAAUCUAGAAAAAAACAAAAUUUUAGUUAA